AUGGGCACGGGGCUCCUCACCUUGCCCCAUGUCUUCGCUUGCUGUGGCCCCAAGAUGGCCUCCGCGCUGCUGCUGGUGCUGGCAGUCACCACGGACGUGACCUUGGUCCUUCUGGUGAAGUUGGGCCGCAUGCUGGGCGUCACCACCUUCGGCUCGCUCAUGUGCCGCAUCUUCGGCAAGAGCGGCUCGCUGGUCUUUCAGCUCACCCUGAUUUCAGUGCUCUUCUUAGCGCUGACGGCCAUGCAGCGAGUGGUCCUGGACUUGCUACCCAUCUUCGUGGAAUCCAUUUGUGGUUUGAUCCCUGGCACCGUGAAGCCCCUGGCGCUCAGCAUGUUCGUGAACUUGUUUGUGAUUGCCGCCUGCUUCUCCAAGAACUACCAUUCUUUGAGAUUUACCUCUGGAGCCGCCUUGCUGUGUUUGCUGCCCUUCGUGUUGUCGCUCUGGUUCAACGCGGCGCGCAGCACUGAGCAGCCCCGUAGCACCAACGAGUCAAUCAGUCAAGAGGGCUUCCUACUGGCAUCGCCCAUUUUGGCAUCCUCCUUGGCAGGUGGCCACUUCAGCGUCAUUGACAUGGCGUCGCAGCUCCAGAGCCGCUACAAGGAGUCGAUCUACGGCGUGAUCCACGUGGUCUUCCUGGGCUUGAUUCCUUGUUGCUACGUCUCGGUGAGCUGGGCAGGCGUGGUCCUCUUUGGAGCGGACACGCCAGAGGACAUCCUAGUAGAGUUCCAGGGCGACUACAUGAUGGAGGUGGCCCGUGGCAUUCUGAGCUUUACCAAUGCCUUGCGCAUGCCUUUGAUCCUGAUGCCUCUUCAUUCGUUGGUCUGUGACACCUUUCACCUGCUGUCAAGAUCAGCGCAUGAGUCAAGCGCUCUACAGGCCUGGCGUUUGGGUGUUGGAAUGCCCACACUGCUGCUCUCCUCAGCGGCCUUGGCACAAUACCUCAGCAGCCUCUCCAGCAUUUUGGGACUUCUCGGUGGCACCUGUGGGGUCGUCGGAUGUUUUUGUGUGCCCGGCGCCAUGUAUUUGAGGGUGUCCUACACCAAGGAAGGGAAGACUACCCCCAAUGGCGCAGCUGCAGCAACCUUUGCAAUCGUCAUUGGCAUCGCGGUGGUGAUUUCCUGCUGUCUUUCAUGGCUUCAUUGA